UACAACAACGCAUUUUUUUUUAAACUUUGGCAAGGGGUAGUCUAAAAAAAUUACUCGACUCUGUUCGUAAAAUAUUAUAGUUUUGGGAACAGAAAAAUGUUUAAUCGAUGAGAAAAAGUGCAGAAUGUCGGACAAAAGCCAUCUCGUUCCAUCUUCUACUGCCGGCUAAUGGGCUUCCUCUCAAGUGGGUGGAACCGCCAAGCGGAUGCUUCACAUUUAUUCAUCUGGUGAAAUAGCUGUCUCAUUGUUUUGUCUGUGACAAGACUUUAUGGACAGGUCUCUAGACCAACACCCAGAGGUGGAGAGAAUGAGCCAGAAAGAGGGUCUGAGGGCCAACUCCUUUCAGUUCACUCUGGAGGGAGAGCCCUUUCACAUCCUGGGGGGCUCUAUCCACUACUUUCGCGUCCCCAGAGCCUACUGGGAGGACCGGCUGCUGAAGAUGAGGGCCUGUGGGGUCAACACUCUCACCACAUAUGUGCCAUGGAACCUUCAUGAGCAAAAGAGAGUGGUUUUAAAGGCGUACAUCAGCAUAGCAGCAGAGUUGGGGCUCUGGUUUAUUCUGCGGGCAGGACCCUACAUCUGUGCUGAGUGGGACUUAGGAGGGAUGCCCAGUUGGUUGCUGUGUGAUCCAGACAUGAAGUUGAGAACAACCUACCCAGAUUUCACAGAAGCAGUUGACUGCUUUGAUCAACUCAUUCCAAGAGUUGCACCAUAUCAGUUCUCCAAGGGGGGCCCAAUUAUAGCAGUUCAAGUGGAGAACGAGUAUGGCUCUUAUGCAAAAGAUGUUGAAUACAUGCCAUACAUAAAAGAGCCCCAGAAGUUCAAGAUGGUGAUGGAGUAUUGGUCUGGGUGGUUUGACCUCUGGGGUGACCUUCACCAUGUUUUUGCUGCUGAGGACAUGGUUGCUAUUGUGACGGAAAUCCUGAAACAGGAUGCAUCAAUCAAUCUCUACAUGUUCCACAGAGGAACACAUUUUGGCUUCAUGAAUGGGGCCUUUGCAAUUGCCACACCCAUGCCUAAGCCAAUGGUAACAAGCUAUGAUUACGAUGCUCCAUUAUCUGAGGCAGGGGAUUACACCACCAAGUACACUCUUCUGAGGAAUGUAUUGAGCCGCUACCACACCCUUGAAGUCAGAAACCAGUCAACAUGGAGAACUCCUAUGACUACACUUUAUAUGAGACCACCAUCAGCAGUGGAGACCUUCUGAACUCCAGGAACAAUGUUCGAGACAGAGCCCUGGUGUUUGUGGACUAACUAUUUGUUGGAGUUCUGGACUAUAAGAUUCUGGAGUUUGCACUGCCUAGAUGGGAAGGUGUAGUGAUAGUGUGUUUCGGGCGACAGGUAACCUAGCGGUUAUAGUAUUGGGCCAGUAACCGAAAGGUCGCUGGCUUCGAAUACCUGAGCUGACAAGGUGAAAAAUCUGAUGUGCCUUUGAGGAAGGCACUUAUCCCUAAUUUGCUCAAGGGGCACCGUACUACUAUGGCUGUCUCUGUAAAACAACACAUUUCCCUGCAGCUUUCCGGUGUAUGUGACAAUAACACAUUAUUUGAUUCUAUUCAGUCUAUAGAUGUGCUUCUGAGCUGCUUUCUAAACUGGCUAGUUUAUAUUCAACACCACAUGAUAGAGGGGAAAGCUUCUGGUGAUGCUGAUAAAUGUGGUUGUUACUAAGGUGCCAGGAUUAAGCCAACAGAAAGUUUUCAGACAAAUGUUGUUCUAACAAAGAGGAAUCUCAAUCACUAACUUUGCACCUGCCUGUUAUUGGAAAACAAGUCCACGCUGCUUACCCUAUCGCACAGAAGCAGAUUGGACUUGAUCAAUUAUUAUCUUCAGUUCAACUGAAAGCCACGUUUCCUCUAUUGUCUCUAGUUAGUCUACUUUGCAUUGUGGACUGUAGAUAAUAUGUCCAAUUGUUUCCACAUCUUUUAUGUACUUUCCAUUGAAGGGGGAGAGGACAUUGAGUUUACUUGUGGAGAACUCUGGGAGAGCGAACUGUGGUAAACUCCUAGAUGAACAGCAUAAAGACUGAGUGCAGCAAGCCAGUGGAACUCAGUCCCCCAGAAGCCUUCCUUCCCAGGGUUCUUCCAGGGUAUGCUGUAUGUGGACGGCCAUCCCAGAGACACCUUCAUCAGACUGCCUGGCUGGAGUAAAGGAGUGGUCUUAACCAACGGGCAGAAUCUUGGACGCCAUCGGUCCCCAGAAAACCCUCUACCUCCCUGGACCUUGGCUUAACUGAGGAAAUAAUCAGAUAUUGAUGCCAUAACUGUUACUGCCUUUCUGUCUAACUAGUUCCCUGGAAAAUCACCCUACACAGGAGUUCACUCAGAUGCCUCUGUUAGAAACAUCACAAAUGUUGAUGUACAGCUGCAGUGGCUGGGCCACCCUGUGGGUUUGAUGAUAUUGAACUUGGCAGUGCUUCGUGGGAAUAGUCCUCAGGCGACUUCUCUUCCCUCUGAACGUGUUGGUUCCACGCCUCGGCUGUAUUGACCUCUGCUGUGAUUCAAAGCCUUUUGUUGAUCUCGGGUCAUUGUGUUUGAGGAGCAAGAAGCGGAUGGUAAAAUCCAAUUCGCCAGAAAGCCUGACCUUGGAAUGACUGUUGACGUAUAGUGAGGAUGGCCUACUGGAAUGAAGGUAUGGUUAGGACUUCCAUCCUCUCACAUUUUCACACUCUGCCUGCCAUCAGGGACUUAGCUAGAUAGCUACUCAGAAUCGAUGCACAUCACUGCACAUGGCAUUUAUUUCCUGUCGGGAAGCCCCACCCUCUGAAUGAUCCAGACUAAUAAAGCAUCAUACUAGAGCUUGAAAAUGUAACUGUGCCUUCAUUAUAUAUGAUGGGCCACUGCAGUAUCUGUACUGCAAUAUCUGUUUUGUACUUGUUGUUUGUGCAUUACCAUUCCAUAUGUGUAUUGUGAGAAUUGUGUCAGAGAUACAAAUUUAGAGAUUUCAGGUAUUUGAAUGUAUAGGUGUUUGUCCGGAUUCAAGGACACAUCUACUUGACAUUGUAUUUCUUUGAAUGGACAAUUAAAACAAAUACACAGAUUGUUCUUUUGAGAUUAACCAGUGACGUGUGAUGGUGAAUUAAACUGAACCAUCAGUGCAGUGGAUACUCUCAAAUACAAAGACAUUUGUCAAGUACUUCACUUUUCAGUUGUUUAUUUUUCUUGAUAAAUGCCAUAUGGUAUCUCUGAGAUGGAGUCUUGAGGAGAAAUGAACAACCUUUAGAGUUUCAUGCAGAAGAAGUGAUUCACACAAGGAUGGAAGAUGACUGUGGAUCAAAGUAGGUAAAGGAAGGGGAGGAAAUAGUGAUUUGCCCUAAGAAAGCAUUUAGGGCCUAGUAUGAGCCAUCACCUUUGUUACAUUAUGUAUGUACCACUACGAAGCUAAAACACUGGAUAAGGCUGUUCCAUUACAUUAAAGCCGUUUCUGAUGGUCAGAACAGUAUCGCUCGUUGAUCGAACUGUGAGAGUGUGAGAAAGCCAGAAAUGGAAGGAGAAGUUUGAGUUUUGUACCGGCAGAGUACUACAGUUAACUUAUGAUUAUUUAUGUGAUUACAACAGUGUAGGCGCAAGCUCCAUUAAAUAUCCAAGAGUUGAAAUUGCACUUUCAUUAUGUAUAACUCAUGUCUUAGUGUUUUCUGGGUUCAUCUCUGCUGGGCUCUCUAGACAGGCCCAAACAUUUUUCCUAAAAUCACAUGAACAUGAAUGAACACAAUCAAUUCUAAGAAAGUUCAUUGAAAAUGAAGGCUAUUGAUGGCAAUUGAAGUCAGAGAAAUACAGAAUUAAUGGUAAAUAAUGAAAUGUUGUGCCUCAGUUGUUUGGUGUUGCCACGGGCUUGUCUGUGUGUGGUUUCUGAACCUCAGUGGCUGAGAGGCAGCGAUGAGAAAAGAGGGUGGGGGCAAACAUGGACAAAGAAAUGUUCAAUUAUAAUUCAAUUUGACAAGAGGACAUUCAUACUUCAAAUAAAUACAUAAAUAAAUAUAUUAAUUUAGAUUUUCACAUAAAUAGACAGACUUCACUUGACAUUUUGGAGAAUGGAAACAGAUCAGAAGACAUUGAUUAUUUCCUAAUGAUCUACAUGGUACUGCUGUGCAAUCCAAAGUCUAAAGAUGAGGUCAACAUGAACGUUAACAGCCACACACAUUGUUUGAUCUCAAAACAUUCGGUUUGACUUCCUCAAUGAAACAAUA